UUCUUAGAAAAUUGCAUGCAAUUCAUUCAAUCUCAAAAAAUGAACUUGACAAAAUAUUUUUGUUCUAAUAUCUAUAGUCCAAAAAUGUGGAAGAUUUUUCUUCUUACUUGGGGUUUGUUCAUGGGGACUCAAUUUGUCAUAGUGACAUCUCAACUUCAAAUGGAAGCAAAUGCAAUACUAAAUAGUGAAUGGUGGAACACAUCUGAUGCAGACUUCAAUAUCUCCAAUCGUUGUAGUUGGUCUAGUAUAUCUUGCAAUGAGGCUGGAAGUAUAAAAGAAAUCAAUAUAUAUUUUGCAACAAGGACAUGGGUUAUUCAAUUUGAAAAACUCAACAUGUCUGUUUUUCAUAAUUUAGAAAAACUUGAUGUCAUUGGAAUUGGUCUACGAGGGCGUAUCCCAAAAGAAAUUGGUCUUCUCGCAAAGCUUGCAUAUCUCGAUCUGCGUAGCAAUUCUCUUGUAGGUGAGUUACCUCCUUCGCUUGGAAAUCUUAAAAGAUUAGAGUAUCUUGAUAUUUCUUUUAACAAUAUUCAAGGUUUCAUUCCUUCUUCACUAGGAAAUCUCACACAACUCGAGUACCUAUACAUCUCUAACAACCACGUUCAAGGUUCCAUUCCUCUUGAGUUAGGGUUCUUGAAUAAUCUCCAAAAAAUAGAUUUAUCGCACAACCGACUAAGUAGAAACUUGCCUAUUUUCCUUACAAAUCUCACACAAUUACAAUACAUUGACAUCUCUAACAAUUUUCUCACCGGUUCCCUCCCAUCUAAUUUCGACCAAUUAACCAAAUUGAAAACGUUGCGGUUAAAAUAUAAUUCCAUCAGUGGCGCCUUUUCUAUUUUGGUGAAAAAUCUCUCUCAUUUAGAAACCCUUGAGAUUUCCCACAAUUUACUCAAUGGUACACUUCGUUCCAAUUUGUUUCCAUUGAAAGAUUAUGGAACUUCCAUUGACCUUAGUCACAACCAAAUUAGUGGCGAAAUCCCUUCUCAGUUUGGACAUUUUUACAAACUUAAUUUAAGUAAUAAUAAUCUCAGUGGAACGAUACCCCAAUCUCUCUGUAAUGUUUUUUAUCUGGACAUUUCUUACAAUUGUUUGAAAGUUCCCAUUCCACAAUGUACUUAUCUUAAUCCAAGGAACACAAGGAACAAAGAUGUAUGUAUCGACACUUCAUAUGACCAAUUGCAACCUCAUAAGAAAAAUAGCAAAGUAAAGCGUAUUGUUUUCAUUGUUCUUCCUAUCCUUUCUAUUCUAAUCAUAGCCUUCUCACUUCUCGUGUACUUCAAACGUCGUCAUAAUUCUAUCAAGAACAAGCAUGGAAACACGGAGACAACGAAUAAUGGUGAUUUAUUUUGUAUAUGGAAUUAUGAUGGCAAAAUAGCAUACAAUGACAUCAUUAGAGCAACAAAAGACUUUGACAUUAAAUAUUGCAUUGGAAAAGGAGCAUAUGGAAGUGUUUACAAGGCACAAUUACCAAGUGGUAAAUUUGUUGCACUAAAAAAACUUCAUAGCUACGAAGCAGAGGUGCCAUCUCUUGAUGAAAGUUUUAGAAAUGAAGUGAAAAUAUUAUCAGAAAUAAAGCACAGAAAUAUUGUGAAGCUUUAUGGAUUUUGUUUGCAUAAAAGAGUUAUGUUUUUGAUCUAUCAGUAUAUGGAAAAAGGAAGCUUGUUCUCCGUCUUGCAUGAUGAUGUCGAAGCCAUAAAAUUCGAUUGGAGGAAAAGGGUUAACACCAUUAAAGGAGUUGCAUCUGCUCUAUCAUAUCUUCAUCAUGAUUUCACCUCUCCAAUAGUGCAUAGAGAUGUAUCUACUAGCAAUAUCUUGCUAAACUCAGAAUGGCAGCCUAGUGUUUCUGACUUUGGCAUAGCUCGACUCCUUCAAUAUGAUUCAUCUAAUCAAACAAUAGUUGGUGGAACUAUUGGAUAUAUAGCUCCUGAGCUUGCAUAUACUAUGGUUGUAAGUGAAAAAUGUGAUGUAUAUAGUUUUGGAGUAGUGGCACUUGAAAUUUUAGUGGGAAGAUAUCCCGAGGAAAUAUUGUCAUCACUUCAAUUAACAUCAACUCAAGACAUCAAAUUAUGUGAAGUAUUAGACCAACGUCUCCCACUUCCAAAUGAUGUGAAAGUUUUACUUGACAUAAUUCAUGUUGUUGUAGUAGCAUCUGCAUGCUUAAAUCCAAAUCCUUCCUCUAGACCAACAAUGAAAAGUGUGUCACAAAGUUUUUCCAUUGAGGUUACACCAUUAAGCAUUCCUUUGAGAGAAAUUUCAGUGAAGCAACUCGUGAAUCAAGAACUCAAAGCAUUAUUUCAGAUCGUGAACCCUAAGCUAAACUUUGAGAUUAAUUGAUUUGAGUAUUUUAUAAUUCAAUAAAGACAUUGUUAUUGAUGAAUGAUGAGAUAUCAACUUAAUAAUAAGAAUUUGAUUUUGUAACUUUGUUCAAAUCUUAUUAGAAACAGUUGUAAAAUUUGUCCUUCCCAGUAUAUUUUUUUUUGGCUAAUAGUCUCUGCAUAUAUGUCUCGUUUUGGUUUUAGUCCCUGUAAUUUUUUUGUUGUAGUUUUUGGGUUCCCAUAAUGAAGUUUGCAUACUUGUAAGA